AAAAUGUUGUACUGAUUUGAGCCCGUUAAAGCGAGCUUACGCCAGCCCAUCCUAUUACCAUGGCAACUCACUGACAGUUAAAGCAGGCAUUAAAUGGCAGGCAGUUUAAUUGGUUUUAUCCUAAUGUACAAGCUAAAUCUAGGAUUGAUUUUUGCUAAUAUCGAAUUUCAUAGAAAGACGUCGUAGAAAGUAAUAUUUCCAGUAGUAAAUGCAUUGAAAAGAAAUUAAAACAACGUAUGAGUUGGCAAACCUUCGUGUCACGUCAUCGUUUUCCAGGGUGCAACUCACGCGAGACUGGGUUUCAGGAAGUUCCACGUCAGUGCAGUGUUCACAGAAAUCGCAACAUUUGGACCCCGAUUACAACUGUUAACAACACAUUUGUCUGGUCUAAUUGCGAGAACACAGCGUUAAGACAUGCCUCUGAGGCUGGACAUUAAGCGGAGGCUGACAGCCAGGUCAGACCGAGUGAAGAGUGUGGACCUUCACCCAACUGAGCCAUGGAUGCUAGCCAGUCUGUACAAUGGCAGCGUCUGUGUCUGGAACCACGAAACACAGACACUGGUGAAGACUUUUGAAGUAUGUGACCUCCCUGUCAGAGCUUCAAAAUUUGUGGCAAGGAAGAACUGGGUCAUCACAGGAGCAGAUGACAUGCAGAUCCGUGUGUUCAACUACAACACCUUGGAGCGGGUCCACAUGUUUGAGGCCCAUUCUGACUAUAUCCGAUGCAUUGCCGUCCAUCCAACCCAGCCAUACAUCCUCACUAGCAGUGAUGAUAUGCUGAUCAAGCUAUGGGACUGGGACAAGAAGUGGUCGUGCAGCCAAGUAUUUGAGGGUCACACUCAUUAUGUCAUGCAGAUUGUCAUCAACCCUAAGGAUAACAAUCAGUUUGCCAGCGCUUCCCUAGACAGGACAAUUAAGGUUUGGCAGCUGGGCUCUUCGUCUCCCAAUUUCACUUUGGAGGGUCAUGAGAAAGGAGUAAACUGUAUUGACUAUUACAGCGGAGGAGACAAGCCCUACCUGAUAUCGGGGGCUGAUGACCGCCAGGUCAAGAUCUGGGACUACCAGAACAAGACCUGUGUCCAGACUCUGGAGGGCCAUGCCCAGAAUGUCUCUUGUGUCAGCUUUCACCCAGAGCUGCCCAUCAUCAUCACUGGAUCAGAAGAUGGCACGGUGCGUAUUUGGCACUCAAGCACUUACCGUCUGGAAAGCACACUGAACUACGGUAUGGAACGAGUAUGGUGUGUGUGCGGUCUCAGGGGCUCCAAUAAUGUUGCACUGGGAUAUGAUGAAGGCAGCAUUAUCAUCAAAGUGGGUCGUGAGGAACCAGCCAUGUCUAUGGACACCAAUGGGAAAAUCAUCUGGGCUAAACACAGCGAAGUACAGCAGGCCAACCUGAAGGCUAUGGGUGAUGCUGAAAUCAAAGAUGGGGAGAGACUGCCACUGGCUGUGAAAGACAUGGGCAGCUGUGAGAUUUACCCUCAAACCAUCCAGCAUAACCCUAACGGAAGGUUUGUUGUGGUGUGUGGAGAUGGGGAAUAUAUUAUCUACACUGCUAUGGCUUUGAGGAACAAGAGCUUUGGCUCAGCUCAGGAGUUUGUUUGGGCCCACGACUCCUCUGAAUAUGCCAUCAGAGAAAGUAGCAGUAUUGUCAAAAUCUUCAAAAAUUUCAAAGAAAAGAAAUCUUUUAAGCCUGACUUUGGAGCAGAAGGGAUCUAUGGUGGCUUCUUGCUGGGGGUGAGGUCAGUGAAUGGCCUGGCAUUUUAUGACUGGGAGAACACAGAGCUAAUCCGUCGCAUCGAGAUCCAGCCCAAGCAUAUCUUUUGGUCAGACUCUGGUGAAUUGGUCUGCAUUGCUACAGAGGAGUCCUUCUUCAUUCUCCGUUACAUGGCAGACAAAGUAGCUGCCUCCCAAGAGAACAAUGAAGGGGUGACAGAGGAUGGUAUUGAAGAUGCUUUUGAGGUCCAGGGAGAGAUCCAGGAGAUUGUGAAGACUGGACUUUGGGUUGGAGAUUGCUUCAUCUAUACCAGCUCUGUAAACAGACUCAACUACUAUGUAGGAGGAGAGAUUGUCACUAUUGCACACCUGGACAGAACAAUGUACCUGCUGGGCUACAUACCAAAAGAUGACCGUCUCUACCUUGGAGACAAGGAGCUCAACAUUGUCAGCUACUCACUGCUGGUGUCUGUCCUGGAGUACCAGACUGCUGUAAUGAGGAGAGACUUUGGAAUGGCAGAUAAGGUGCUACCCACUAUCCCUAAAGAGCAGAGGACCAGGGUGGCACAUUUCCUUGAGAAACAGGGCUUCAAACAACAGGCGCUGGCAGUGUCCACAGACCCAGAGCACAGGUUUGAGCUGGCCUUGCAACUUGGAGAGUUGAAGAUUGCCUAUCAGCUGGCUGUAGAAGCAGAGUCGGAGCAGAAAUGGAAGCAGCUUGCAGAGCUGGCUAUCAGUAAAUGCCAGUUUGGCCUGGCCCAGGAGUGCCUGCAUCACGCCCAGGAUUAUGGCGGCCUGCUUCUCCUUGCCACAGCCUCUGGUAACUCCACCAUGGUGGGAAAACUGGCCGAAGGGGCAGAAAGGGACGGCAAGAACAAUGUGGCCUUCAUGACCUACUUCUUGCAGGGAAAACUGGAUCAGUGUUUGGAGCUUCUGAUCAAGACAAACAGACUACCAGAAGCUGCUUUUCUGGCUCGCACCUACCUGCCCAGCCAGGUGUCCCGGGUGGUCAAAUUAUGGCGAGAGAAUUUAGCCAAAGUCAACCAGAAGGCAGCUGAAUCCCUAGCUGACCCCACGGAGUAUGAGAAUCUGUUCCCCGGGCUGAAAGAAGCAUUUGCAGCCGAACAUUAUCUGAGAGAAGCCUGCCUGGGCAGCAGUAGACCUGCUAAAGACUAUCCACUUGUUACACCCAAUGAAGACAGAAAUAUUCUUGAAGAGGCUCAGGGUUACGAACCCAAAGGCACCUUCAUUCCUUUCGUCUCUAAAACACAAGUUAAUGAAGAAUCCAGCUCGGUGCCGGUAGCUGCUGUGACACCAUCACAGCCUGAACCUGCUGCUCCCACGCCUGUGGAUAAAGAGGAGGAAAAAGAGGAGGAAAGCCCUGCACUCUCACUGUCGCAGAAAGAUAAGUGUUUGGAUGAGCUGGAGGUGGACCUGGACAACAUGGAUCUGGAUGACAUCGACACCACAGACGUUAACCUUGAUGAUGACUUUCUAGAUGAUUAGGACCUGCCACCGUUCUGCCCUCCAUAAACUCUUUAGAGCAUAUUUAAAAAGAAAGAGACCAAACCCCCUUUCCUUUUUUUGGUUUUUGUUUUUUUUCUUUUCUUUUUGUAUUUGUGUGAAAAUAUUAUUGUUAUGUCCACCUUCUGCAGUGUCGGGGUUUGAUUUGGAGAUGGUUAUAUCAGUAAUGCUUUGUUUUCACAGUUAAGGUCGACAGUUGUAUCUACUCCAUUUUGUACACAAUUUACUGAUUGAGAACUAAUUACUUACUCUCCAUCAGAUGAUAUUUUAUGAUGUCUCUGCUUUGUAUUGUCUGUAAUAGCAAAUCAAAGACCAUUCAGGCCAAUAAAUUGCAUUGCUGUACAUA